AUGGCGCAAAGUAAAUUAAACGAUAUGGCAGGAAAAUUUGCAAAAGGUGGGCCACCCGGGCUCGGUAUUGGAUUGAAAGUGGCAGCUGCGAUUGGUGCAGCGGCUUACGGUGUUUCUCAGUCGGUAUUUACCGUCGAAGGUGGUCAUCGUGCCAUUAUGUUCAACAGAAUUGGAGGUGUUCAGCAGCACGUUAUGUCUGAAGGAAUGCACUUCCGUAUUCCAUGGUUCCAGUAUCCCAUUAUCUAUGACAUAAGAUCACGUCCGCGAAAAAUAUCUUCUCCUACUGGUUCAAAGGAUUUGCAAAUGGUAAAUAUUUCUUUACGAGUACUAUCACGGCCCGAUGCUCGUCACCUAGCUGUAAUGUAUCGGCAGCUUGGCACUGAUUACGAUGAAAAAGUACUGCCAUCAAUCUGCAAUGAAGUUCUUAAAUCCGUUGUUGCAAAAUUCAAUGCUUCUCAGCUUAUAACUCAACGUCAACAAGUUUCUUUGUUAAUAAGAAGGGAAUUAGUGGAACGUGCUGCUGACUUUAAUAUAAUCCUAGAUGAUGUAUCACUCACUGAAUUGAGUUUUGGUAAAGAAUACACUGCAGCUGUGGAAGCGAAACAAGUUGCUCAACAAGAAGCUCAGCGAGCUGCUUUCGUAGUUGAAAGAGCUAAGCAGGAGCGCCAACAAAAGAUUGUGCAGGCUGAGGGUGAGGCUGAAGCUGCUGAAAUGUUGGGUAAAGCCAUGGGAAUGAAUCCUGGUUACCUUAAGUUGCGUAAAAUCCGAGCAGCCCAAAGUAUUUCUAGAAUGAUUGCACAGUCUUCAAAUCGAGUAUUUCUGUCUGGCAAUAGCCUUAUGAUCAACCUGCAGGAUCCCUCUUUCGAUGAUUUGUCAGAGAAAUUGACUAAAAAGAAGUAA